AUGGCAGAGCAACAGCCUCUUUACAAAAUCGGUCCCUUUCGAUCAAGCAGCGAUAACACGGACACUCAGAUGAAUGUGUCUGUUUCUGACAAACGUUUCAAGAUCGACCUCUUUACUGCGAACUUUGAAAGCUCUCCUGUCUUACUUGCAGAAUAUCUUCGACAUGUCCAACGUCUAGAUCCAGGAUAUAUCCCUGACGACGCAGAGGAAGAUGAAGAGUUUGAGGAUCCUCUUGAUCAAAUGCAUGAUUGGGUCUUGCAACCAUUUCUGCCAAUUUUUCGCAAACUUGCACCUCUGGAUCAGAGUCGAAAAUACACCCUCGCGGACUGCCUGUUUGCGGAAGAAUUCCACUACACUGUUCAAGUGGUGGAAGAGAGUUUAGUCCCUGUUUACGUGGGCAGCUCCCAAGCCAAGGAGCAUCACCUUAUCGGAGCUCAUUUGCCGUCUUCUAUCCGCAUGGACUAUUCGAUGUUUCCCUUCUACCAUCCUAGCGCAAUUCAGAUUCCGAUCGAUUCGACGUCAUUGCCAGCGAUACCCCAUAAAGUGUUUAUCCAUGGAAGACCAAAUCCUAGCUUCUUCAAGAUAGUCUAUAGAGGUGAUGUGGGAAUCACCCUGAAGGAGCUUGUCGCAUACUCAAAGAUUCAUACAGCUGCAUUUGAUGCUAUGGUUCGCACAUCACGACUUGAAGGCUUGGCUGUGGAUGAUGAUGGACGUGUUCUGGGAUUGCUUUUAUCAUAUAUUGAUUCUCGAGGUACACUAUGGUGCGUUGAUGGACGUGAUCCCAGCUUUUCUGAACUUCGGAAGAAAUGGCUUGACCAAGUCACUGUCACACUGAAGCACCUUCAUUCUCGAGGUAUUAUCUGGGGAGAUGCAAAAGCUGCCAAUGUUCUAACUGAUGUCAAUAACGAUGCAUAUUUGAUUGAUUUUGGAGGAGGUUAUACUCGAGGCUGGGUUGACAAGGAAAAUGCCAACUCGAUCGUUGGAGAUCUUCAAGGACUUGAAAGGAUCAAGCGGCAUCUUUUUAAAUAA